GCCUCUUUGUAUUGUGAAACAGCUUCCAUGCUGUAUCUGUGUGUGGCUGAAGGAAGGAGAGAAGCUAUACAAACUCCCUUUGUGGAAAGGUAACAGUGAUUUCUAUGAUGCUUCAUGUAAAACUAGAGAAAACAUUUUUGGUCAUCAGUGCACAGGUGAGCUGUAUUGUUAUUUACUGAAUUGUUUCUUUAGUAUGUAGUUAGUGAAGGUUGUGCAUGGUGUCAAAUAAACCAUGUAACCAUGAAUUAUUUCUUUGGAAGGAAAACGUGCCAUGCUAGGCACGCAUCCUCAGAUAUAUUAGGAUCUUUUGUCCAGUGAUGAGCAAUUGGAUAGCAGUGUAUUUGGGCCUUUCCUAUUGUGGUGUUUUGCUUUCUUUAAUUCCCCUAUAGAAACACCCAAUAAGAAGGGGGUGGGGGGAAUGGGGAAUGAGCUAUGGGGAACUUUUCUCUCUUCAUCAUUUGCUUAAGGGUAAUUAGAAGUACAUGGUUGUCAUCUAAUUUCUCUAAUACACUAUUACAUUGAACAGUGCUUACUUCUGUAUUCACAGCAUGCACUGAUGCUAAAUGCCCAGCAUUCAUUAUUGAUAUAAAUCAUGUAUGUGAAAAGUGCGCAUAAAUUGCGAGACUGUUCCACAAAGGUAUUUAACACCUGUGCCCCACUGAGGUCAGUGGGAGGUAGGCAGUGAAACUGCCAGAUGUGAGCUGUAGCACACAGAGCAUGGCACAGCCGGCCACCUCUGGAGUAAGGCUUGCAUUCCCCAGAAUGUAACCACACAGUUGAGGAGUGUGCGUUACUGUGUGUUGAUUGGCAUAGUUUCUGGAAUUAAACUUUGAGUAUAAAAAGAAGCAACAAGAGGACAAGGAAAAUGUCAAACUUGAAGUUGGGGAGACAGUAGAGAGAGUGGGCCUGAUCAGACUUCAGUGCUGUUGGGGAGCACUGUCAUACAAAUUGUAUCAGAGAUCACAGAAGCAUUUUUACAUAAGAGUUAGAAGUACUCUGUAGAGCAGUGGCAGUUCUCCUCUGGUGUCCAGGCUGCUGCUGCAGACUGUUUGAAGGGUGAGCUGACAUCCAGUUCCACCUCAGAAACAGAGAACUGAGGUCUUGUCAGAUGGCACAAUUUUCUUUCUGUUCACUGAGUGUUUUUGUUGUUUAAUUCUUAAAAGCAUACAAUGCCUCAUUAGUGUUCUCUAAAACAGUCUGAUUUUCCCGUUCUCAGGCUUAUAUUCUUUUAAGUCGAUGAGCUGUUUGGUGAGUUCUCGGGUCUGAAAGCAUCCUUGCUCUUUCUGUCUCAGCUUUGUUAGUAAGCACGGAGGAGGUGUUGUGGUGCAGCCUUAUGGAGUAGCUGUCUGUGUUGCUGAAGGAGGGCUGAUAGAUGUGUGUUGGCACUGCAGUUAGUGAACCUCCGUGCUUUUCUAGCCCACACAGAUGUUGCAAGUGCUUGCCCUUGUCGCUUGGCCCAUGACAAACAACAACAGAGUUGCUUGUGAGAUCAGUGGAUGGAAGCUUGGCGAGACGUGCUUCUUGUAACACCAGAGCAUACAGUUUCUAUAUCUAGGCUGUCAUGUAGCUGUAGGAACCCAUCUGGUGCCUGUCCCUAUAGCUUGGCCAGCCAUCAGCAAAAUGACAGCUAAAUGGAGGCCUACCAGUAAGAUCUCACUGAAGUGAAAACUUAGAGCUCAAGAGUAUAAAUAAUCAUUGAGUGUGUUUUGAUCCAGAACAGAUGCACUCUGUUCUCAUGUUUGGCUUGAAAAUACUUUUUAGAAAAGUGUAAUCCCAGUGAAAUCAAAAUAAUGGCUAAUAGGUUAUAACCCAAGGUUAACACAACCUAAUAAACGUUAUUUACAAUUUUAUUAUGCUCUUUACUCUGUGUGCAUCUUUUCUUCCUGAUUUGUUUCACUGGUCAUAAGAGUGUGCUAUAAUUUGUCUGGAUCAUGCUUCCCAGAUGACUGAGCCGUUAUUAUAAGCAAAUCCUCUCCUAGAUAAACUAAUGAGUAGUUUGUGGCAGUGUCCACACAUAGUACAUGCCUGGCUGGGUGCAGGAGGAUAGCCUGAAGAUAAUUAUUUAACAGGUAAUUGUUUCCCAACUACUGUAGGUUCCCUGUAUAAAAUGAACCUGAAAACAAAGGCUUCAGUGUUCCUCUGACUGAGAGAUCAGCGGUAUUUUCAGAUAAAAUCAUGCAACUUUUAUAUUGUUUGUUGGACCAUAGGUCGAGGAUUUUUUUGUUGUUGUAUAAAUUGCAAAAUACAACCAAUGGCAGUUUUCUUGCAAUGAAGUUUUAACUUAAGAGGAAAAAAGCAAAGCUCUUAUUGAGAGCAGCAUUUCCUGAAAUGAAAGUCUUCUGGCUGCUAUUUGAAUGCCUUUCAAAAUGGAGUAACUCAGUGCUACACAUGGUGAUUAGACAGCAGCAAGAAAUUAAGCCACAACAGUCACUCGGUUUACUUGCUGGGGCAGCAGGGCAGAGUUUUGUUGAUGGAUCAAACAUGUAAAAACAAAUACAUGGCCUAACCCCUCCUUUAUAAAACGAUCCCGUGGUUUUUUGCCAGCCUUCCAAUUUCAUUAUGCAACUUGUGCAAUGGAUUGUAGAUGUAUACAUACUCACUUUGUGUGCUUAUUGACUUAAUCAUUAUGUAAUGCUGCUGAUGAAAGAGUAAAGAAAGAGCAAGUAAAUGACUCUAUUAAACUGAAAGAGAGAUUCAGAAUUUGAACGGAGGGGACCACAACACUUCUAUACCAGCCAGACAUGCUGUGGAAAAGUGACAUUUAGAUUAACAUAAUAUAAUUAUGAUCUAAAGGGGAGAGGGGAAGAAUGGAAGCCAUCAAGUAAAAUGACAACGCAGUGAAAACAUCUAAGAUUCAUUGCUUUUGAUGAUGAUGUUCCAGUAAGCAGUCUGGGACUCCAAGUCCCAGACUUAGGAUGAAGUUUGAGGUAUUUGGCUUUUGCUUAGCAGCCAGGACAUGAACUUGAUUGACAUCCUUUGGAGGCAAGAUAUAGACCUUGGGGCAAGGCGUGAAGUUUUUGAUUUUAGUCAACGACAGAAGGAGUAUGAACUCGAGAAACAGAAGAAACUUGAAAAGGAAAGACAAGAGCAGCUCCAGAAAGAGCGGGAGAAAGCCUUGCUGGCUCAGCUGGUGUUAGAUGAGGAGACAGGUGAAUUUGUUCCAGCUCAGCCAGCUCAGCGCGUUCAGUCAGAAAACGCUGAACCACCAAUCAGUUUUUCGCAGAGCACAGAUACUUCAAAACCAGAAGAGGCCUUGUCCUUUGAUGACUGCAUGCAGCUCUUGGCAGAAGCUUUCCCGUUCAUAGAUGACAAUGAGGCUUCUCCAGCUGCAUUUCAAUCACUGGUUCCUGAUCAGAUUGAUAGUGACCCAGUCUUCAUUUCUGCUAAUCAAACUCAGCCACCCAGCUCACCUGGUAUAGUUCCACUUACUGAUGCAGAGAAUAUGCAGAACAUAGAGCAAGUUUGGGAAGAGUUAUUGUCCCUUCCAGAGUUACAGUGUCUAAACAUUGAAAACGACAACCUGGCUGAAGUAAGCACAAUCACGAGCCCUGAAACCAAGCCAGCGGAGAUGCACAACAGCUAUGAUUACUACAACUCGUUACCGAUCAUGAGAAAAGAUGUUAACUGUGGUCCAGAUUUCCUGGAGAAUAUCGAGGGCCCUUUUUCCAGCAUUUUGCAGCCAGACGACAGCAGCCAGCUGAACGUGAACUCUUUAAAUAACUCAUUGACUUUGAGCUCUGAUUUCUGUGAGGAUUUCUAUACCAAUUUUAUUUGUGCAAAGGGGGACGGUGACACAGGAACAACAAACACUAUCAGUCAGUCACUUGCAGAUAUUUUAAGUGAACCUAUUGAUCUUUCUGAUUUCCCGCUGUGGAGAGCUUUUAACGAUGACCACUCAGGAACUGUACCAGAGUGUAAUGAUUCUGACUCUGGUAUUUCACUGAAUGCAAAUUCUAGUAUAGCAUCACCUGAACACUCUGUUGAAUCAUCUACCUGUGGAGAUAAGACUUUUGGUUGUAGUGAUUCUGAAAUGGAAGACAUGGACAGUUCUCCUGGGAGUGUGCCGCAGGGCAAUGCUAGUGUGUACUCAUCGCGGUUCCCUGAUCAGGUACUUCCUUCUGUGGAGCCGGGCACUCAAACGCCCAGCUUGCAACGUAUGAACACACCAAAGAAAGACCCUCCUGCUGGCCCAGGCCACCCUAAAGCUCCAUUCACAAAAGAUAAACCUUCAGGCCGUCUUGAAGCUCAUCUCACAAGAGAUGAGCAAAGAGCAAAAGCUCUGCAGAUCCCUUUUCCAGUAGAAAAAAUCAUCAAUCUCCCUGUUGAUGACUUCAAUGAAAUGAUGUCGAAGGAGCAGUUCAGUGAAGCCCAGCUCGCACUCAUUCGAGAUAUACGCAGGAGAGGCAAGAAUAAAGUGGCUGCCCAAAACUGCCGUAAGAGAAAACUGGAAAACAUAGUGGAACUGGAGCAAGAUUUGAGUCACCUAAAAGAUGAGAGAGAGAAGUUGCUUAAAGAAAAAGGGGAGAAUGACAAAAGCCUUCGUCAAAUGAAAAAGCAGUUAACCACCUUAUAUAUUGAGGUGUUCAGCAUGCUGCGUGAUGAAGAUGGGAAGUCUUACUCUCCUAGUGAAUACUCACUGCAGCAAACUAGAGAUGGCAAUAUCUUCCUUGUUCCUAAAAGCAGAAAGGCAGAGACUAAACUGUGAAGAGCAGCACGGCUGGCUGGUGUUCUCCGAGUUACUAUUUUUGUAUCGUUAUCCUAAUAGCUUUUACUGUGAGGUGGAAUGCAGAAUUAGGUAAUAUUUUUCAAGUAAUUCUAUGCAAUGAUGAUUUGAAAAUUCAUAGUUAAGUUUAUGAAAGGUGCAAGUUCAAAACUAAUGGUGUAAUGCAGACAUACGUAUGCAAAAUUCGUAAUCUCACUUUUCUAACAGGCAUUUCCUUCUUUUAGCACCACUCUAACUAGUUUCCAUACAUGUGUAAAUAUUUAAAGAUACCGUAUUUAUAUACUGUUCUUAUCUCCUAUUCAUAGAUUUGAUAUAUAAGAAUAAUUUUAGACUCCUAAAUAUAAUUUCUUGCAAGACAAACAGUAUGGCUUCUUAACCUUUUGUAAAAGAAAAAAAAAUGCAAUAGCGUUUGUUUCCAAUUUUUCUUAUGCAUUUAUAAAUGCUCUAUAUUUAAUAUAUGAUUUUAAUUUAGUGUCAGGUUGAUACUCAUUGUUUGAUUUUGAUUCAUCUUACCCGUUCAUUAAACUUUUUAUUAUUGUUAUUAUUGGGUUUUUUUACUUCAUAGGCAUUUAUUUCCCUGAAGUAGGGCUGUGUUGAUUCAGAUAUCCUCAUUGGUUUUCCAAGAAUAAGUCUUCGUGCAACAAAUAUGCUUAACAAGCAGAGAAGUAUCACACAGCACUGUCAGCAUUAUUAACGUUCACCGUAACUUUAACUACCAUUUGGAAGGAUUGUGUAACAAAUUUGUUUCAAGCCUAUACAAAGUUUUAUAUCAUUUGUUUUGUUCUCAGAACACUAUUUAUAAGCUCAUGAUGAGAUCUCCUCCAAAGGCAUUAGAACUGUUAAUUAAAAAGUGCCAGCAUUAUGUAUUUUUCCAACUAAUAAAUUCUGUAUACCUUUCAGUAAUUUUUAUAGAAAUUCCUGAUGCACCUCUGACGGAUCAGCAGGCGUCGUUGGUCACUGCUGUUCUGUUGGAGGUCAUGGAAAAAGAGAUGCCCAGGGCCGAGCAAUGGGCUCUGUGGAACCUGCGCUCAGUUUGUUGAAAAAAUGUUGUGAUGUGUGAAGUUAUGAGAGAUGAAAAAUUGGGCAAAUAAAUCACAGUGUUUCAUUUA